GCUGGAUGUAAGCAUGUCUGUCUUUCAGUUACAAAAAUCGAAAAAAAAUCAGAUUAAUGGAUUGAGAAAUAAUCAGUGGACUUUUGAAUGUAUAGAAUAAUUAAAAACAUGAAUCAGAAUUUCCAAUGCUGGUUUCUGAUCAAUAGUCGUCAGAAAUAAGUAAAUAUUUGGAGAAAAUUAUUUCCAUACAUAGGGUGUGACUAAAAUUCGAAAUGGAGCCCAUUUAAUAUUUUAAAGAACUCACAAGUUAAUUUUGACAUUUGUUAGUCGAGGUGAAUGACACAACAAUUUAUGAGGCUAAGAGAGUUAACAACAUUUUAUGAGCUUGUAACAUCCCAAACUUGCUUAAAGUGAUACUAGAAUUAACAUAAAAUUUAAGAAUUUUAAACUUGGCGAAUAAGAGCCAGCAGAUAUACCUUGUGCCAUAAAAUAAAUCCAAAAAAUUUGAGACUACAGAAAAUCUAUUGAAUAAAUGAGACUAAUUUUGAUGGAAAAAAAAUGGCAAACAAUAAAAUGAGUGAAGAUGACAAUGUAUUCAAUGACUGUAAACAACCAGAAGAACUACGAGAUGUGUAUUGUUUUGAAUCUGAUCACAUUGCAUUAAAAGGCAACCCAGACUAUCAAAGUUUACUGAAAACUAUUUGUAUAUUAGAAUCUCAGAGAAUACAAGCUGUAAAAGAUAUUGACACACUUCGUAAAAAACAGAGAGAAGCACUUGCUGAUCCCAUCAAUUUUGUUGAAAAACUUCAAAAGGCAGAAGAUCUAGGAUUUCCCAAAGAUCUAGACAUUCCAUCUUUACCGUCAAUAAAUUGGGAACAAUACACAAGUUCUGUUGAUUUUAAUUCUUUUGGCAAUCACAAACAUAUGACAAGAAUAAAAAGACAACUAACAGAAGAUAGCUUAACUGGUAAGAUACAAGAUAAAAGUGGUAUUACUAGUGGUAUGAAAUCUAAGUUAAUUAAUGAAGAGGUUGAUAUGGAUGUCGUAAGAGGGCGAUUAAAAGAUCCAAAUAAAUCAGCAACAUUUAAUUUACUUUGGACAUCAGAAGAGCAAAAAAGAUUAGAAGAUUUGUUGAUAAAAUAUCCACCAGAAGAUGUUGAAGCUAAAAGAUAUCAUAAAAUAGCGACAGCAUUAGGUAAUAGAACAGCACAACAGGUGGCUAGUCGAGUUCAAAAAUACUUCAUCAAGUUAGCUAAAGCUGGAUUACCUAUACCAGGUAGAACCCCAACACUCAGAGAUAAUAGAAAAUAUACACUAGGUAGAGGCUAUGGUGUAAGAUUUUCCAACAUUCCACAACAUUCUACCUUCCUCCAAUCAUAUGAACCACCAGUUUAUAUGUCUGAAGAUGAUGAUGAUACUAAUAGUUAUAAUGGUAGUUAUGAUAUAGAUACAUCUCAAACUAAUCAACUAGGUGAUAUAUCAGAUGAAGAGGAGAUUCCUGCAGAAUUAAGAAAUACUCCAGAAUAUAAGGAAAUACUUCAAUUAAAAUUAAUCAAAAAACAAAAACUGGCAUCUGAGAAGAAAAGUUUAAAACAUGAUGGUUAUAAGUGUGAUAAUUGUGGUACUGAUCCUAUUGUUGGUGUAAGAUGGCAUUGUUCAGACUGUCCUUCAUCCCAAUCUUUAGAUUUCUGUGAUUAUUGUGCUGACAGCAAUUUUGAAAACAGUGAGCACAAUUCAAGUCACAGAUUAAAAGCUAUAGAUAAGAUAGAAAGUGAACCUAUAUUAGAUCAGGAUUAUAUGAGAUUUAUGCCUGGUGAUUAUAAUUAUCUUGAUCCUAAUUAUAUGCCUGCUAGUUGAUGCUAUAACUCACAGAACAUUUUCAGUAAGCUUAUAUUCAGUUUGAAUGGAACGCCAUGAGCCCAGGUUUACAAGCUGUGACCAUCUUUUAAAAGUACGGCAGCACAGCAAGUGGGCCCCAUUUCUGGAGUAAUAAAACUUUGGUUAUUGAUGUCUUGCACCUCACAAGACUAACACUUUUGAACAUUGGAAAGAUAUUGUUGGAGAGAUCUUUGUUGAAACUGACAGUCAAUAGGUCAGGAUUAGAACUCAACUUCUUUGAUUCUGAGACAUUGCAAUGAAAUGAAAAUGAAAUGAAUGGAGUUUUACGUCCUACU